CGAGUGAUGAGGUGUAUUCUUAUGUGUGGGGAGGGGGCAGAGAGAGAAGAAGAGAGAGACGGAGAGAGAGGGAGGCAGAGACCUCAAGCCACCCAGUUAUUAAUAUUAUUCCACACCGCUAAGUUUAGCAUUCAACACGUGUCGCUAGUGAUGGAGAGAGAGGCGCGCGCGAGAGAGGGAGGUUGACGGUUGACGGUUGCUAGGUGACGAGGCGCAUAUACUGAAUUUUAACAAAAGAGCGGAGAAAGAGGGAGAGAGAGAGAGAGUGUGUGUGUGUGUGUGUGUGUUUGAGAGAGAGAGAGAGAGAGAGAGAGAGAGAGAUGAGAGAGAGGAGGAAGAGGGAGCUAGGUAGAGAGGGAGAGCUCGCGAAAAUUGAAUACAUGUAGAAUAUAUAUAUAUUUCUAGGUGUAUUGUCCGCGGAGAAACCGCAAAAGGAUACCUCGAGGGGAAGGAUGUGAAGAGAAUGGAGGGCCGAAAGGAGAGAGGGGGGACAGGCGCGUGAAAAACACAGCUUUCUCUAUUUGUGCCCUCUCGCUUGGCCUCCUCAUUUGUUGCCAUGGUCACAGUACCCACGCUGUCUCUGCUAUUGGCCCUGGUAGAAUGGGUGGGUCCGACCAGCUCCUCCCCUCAUCUCUUGCUUCGCCCACGAGAGCGUGAACGGGACCCGGUGGCAUCGAUGCAUUUCAACAUUGCAGUGAUCCACGCGGGCUCAACGAUCCAACAAGGGGAAGCAGGGGCUGCGGCAGCUGCGGGCAGGGUGCCAUACCCGGGCUUCGGACGUGUGCACAGCAGUUUCGGCGAGAGUGUCGUUACCCAGUGGGGAUCCGCCAACGUAAUCUGGCUCCAGGUAAAUGACAGCAGCCCAAGGACGUUGCUUUCUCAACUAUGUGACCUACUGGCAUCCAGACCCCUUCAAGGACUCGUGUAUGAGGAUGAGAGACCCCUUCCGCUUGCCUCUGGCCCCCUGGCCCCCAUGCUGGAGUUCGUCUCAGCCCAGACCGGCCUCCCCAUUGUUGCUGUUGGAGGGGGAGCGGGUCUGGGCAGGGUACCACAGGAGACCGGCUCAAUCUUCCUGCAGUUCAGCUCCUCCACCACACUCCAACUGGAGGUGAUCUUUGAGGUACUGGAGGAGUAUGAUUGGACGGCCUUCUCGGUGGUGUCCACACGUCACCACGGCUACCAAGACUUCUUGUCGGUGGUAGAAGGUUUGACCGAUGGGUCCUUCAUCGGUUGGGAAAAGAAGAGCGUAGUGAUGUUGAAUUUAACCGAUGACCCGGGAGGAGCGCGCACACGGCGACUGCUUAAAGAGAACGAAGCACAGGUGCGGUUGUUGUACUGCUCUCAGGAGGAAGCAGAACAGGUGUUCCACGCCGCCUGGGCAGCUGGUCAGGCCAGCGCCUCACACAUAUGGUUCGCAGUGGGUCCAGCUCUAUCCGAACUGGGCGUUAGCGGACUACCCAAUCGCCUAUUUGCGGUCAGGCCGCAGGGCUGGAGGGAUGAGCCUCGCAGACGCAUCGCCCGUGGCGUGUCCAUCCUUACUCAUGGAGCCGUCGCCCUGCGCAAGGACUACGGAGCAACAGGAGGGCCACACUUUGUCACCAACUGCCAGACGGAUGGGAACAGGACGCAGAGGAUUCGCGGCAGAAUGAAGUAUUUCAGUAACAUCACUCUUGGUGGGCGGGACUAUUCUUUUAAUAAUGAGGGCUACCUGGCCAAUCCCUUUCUGGAUGUCAUCUCCUACACGCCCGGGAGUGGCUGGGAAGACGUAGGAUGGUGGGAGAACGGGGUGUUACGUCUGAGAUACCCUGCUUGGUCUCGCUACAGCCCAUUUCUGCAGCCACCCGAUGAUGCCCAGCACCUAAGGGUUGUGACCCUGGAGGAGCGCCCAUUUGUUAUUGUAGAGCUGGCAGACCCUUCUUCUGGAACCUGCAUUAGGGACUCGGUGCCAUGCCGGCGGCCUCUCAAUGCCACUGCACUUCAGGAAGGGGUGGCGCCUAUGAAGCAGUGCUGCAAGGGAUUUUGCAUUGACAUCCUUAAGCGACUGGCCAGAAUUGUGGGCUUCACUUAUGAUCUCUACUUGGUGACCAAUGGGAAACACGGGAAAAAGAUUGAUGGAGUUUGGAAUGGGAUGGUGGGAGAGGUUGUGUACAAGCGUGCAGACAUGGCAAUCGGCUCCCUCACUAUCAACGAGGAGAGGUCGGAAGUCGUGGACUUCUCCGUGCCCUUCGUGGAGACGGGCAUCAGCGUCAUGGUCUCUCGUAGUAAUGGAACCGUCUCCCCCUCUGCCUUUCUCGAGCCCUACAGCCCUGCUGUGUGGGUGAUGAUGUUUGUUAUGUGCCUGACUGUUGUGGCUGUGACCGUUUUCAUCUUUGAGUUCUUCAGUCCUGUGGGGUACAACCGCAGCCUUCAGAGCGGCAAGAAGGCCGGAGGUUCUAAGUUCACAAUAGGGAAGUCAAUUUGGCUUCUGUGGGCUCUGGUUUUUAAUAACUCUGUUCCAGUAGAGAACCCCAAAGGAACCACCAGUAAGAUCAUGGUUCUCAUCUGGGCUUUCUUUGCUGUCAUCUUCCUGGCUAGCUACACUGCCAACCUGGCUGCCUUUAUGAUUCAAGAGGAGUACAUUGAUACUGUGUCUGGGCUCAGUGAUAAAAAGUUUCAGCACCCGACAGAGCAGUACCCUCCGCUGAAAUUCGGAACGGUCCCUAACGGGAGCACAGAGAAAAACAUCCGCAGUAACUAUCCAGACAUGCACCAGUACAUGAUCAAAUACAACCAGAGAAGUGUGGAGGAUGCCAUCUCUCACCUCAAGACUGGCAAGCUGGAUGCCCUCAUCUAUGAUGCAGCUGUGUUGAACUACAUGGCUCGUAAGGAUGAAGGCUGUAAGGUAAUGACCAUCGGUUCGGGGAAAGUGUUUGCCACGACAGGAUACGGCAUCGCCCUGAUCAAGAACUCCCGCUGGAAACGUCCACUGGACCUGGCCUUACUGCAGCUGGUGGGCGAUGAUGAGAUUGAGAUGCUAGAGCGUCUCUGGCUCUCAGGGAUCUGUCAUAAUGAUAAAAUUGAAGUGAUGAGCUCCAAACUAGACAUAGACAACAUGGCCGGUGUGUUCUAUAUGCUGCUAGUGGCCAUGGGUCUCAGUCUUCUGGUCUUUGCCUGGGAGCACCUGGUUUACUGGAGGCUUCGGCACUGCAUGAGCAAAAUGGGCCAAUCUGGCAAACUGGACUUUCUACUUGCCUUCAGCAGGGGAAUGUAUAGCUGCUGCAGUUUUGAGGAUGAAACUGUGCAAGGUGGGGCCAAAGUCACAGUUACUACACAUCAUCACACUGCCAUGGUUCCUGCUUCUUCCUCACAUGUGGUCACUUCAGCUGUAUCCAAUCCAGGCAUUGCAAUGGUGCAGCAGCAACAACCACAGCAGCCUCAGCCUCCCCAGUCUUACAAAACACCUCUUCCUGGAUCACCUCCCACAAUCGUUCAUUCUGGAGCACCAUUGGGUCCCUCAAACACUCAACUUAUAGGAGCUCCACUACCAUGCACUACUUUCUUACCCCGGCCAGAUCGCAGGCUGGCCGUUGUGGACCGUUGGAGACUACCGAAAACGGUUGGUGCCACCGCCCCCAUGGGUGUCAGAGGAGCUCUAACAGAAACAGGGCCCUUACCUCAAAAGGUGGCGCCAGCUUGGGCAAGUGGUGGAGGUACAGGCAGUGGUCUAGAUGGAUAUAAGCGCUAUUAUGGACCUAUUGAUCCUGAGGGACUUGGGCCAUGUGUGGACCAGCAGGCAGGUUCUCAAACUCCAAAGACUGUCCCCAGAGCCCACCAACAACCCCCACCAACUGGUGUUGCUUACUACCAGGAGAAGGGCAUGGAACAUGGCAUGGGGAAGAAGGUGGGAGUGGGUACUGGUGGAGGGGGUCAGGGUAGAGGGGUUAAACCUUUGGGGACUCCCAGGCUGCCCCCUAAAAGCCAGGCCCCAGCCCCACUGACACCUAACCCCCCAUUUCAGCACCCCUCUUCCCCUCUCCCUUCAACCUUCUGGAGGAAACGGCGACCAAAAAAGCCCAAAGAACCUGGUGGUCCAUUGUAUGAAAACAUCCUGCCACUGGGUCGGAGAGUUGGAGGUAGGGAAGGACCUCGAAGGUCGAGACCCUCACCUCCGCUCCCCAUCCCUGUGCCAGUCACAAUUUCCCCAUCCUACACUCCUCCAUCCCCCUCUCCCUCGCUCCCCUACUCCUCCACAUCAUCCUCUUCAUCAUCCACAAGCUCAUCAACCACAUCUUCAGCCACAUCGUCACGCUCAACCUCUCCAUCAUCCACAUCUACAGCUUCAUCUCGGAGCACGCGAGACAGAGAGGCUGAGGAAGAGGAUGAGGAGGACUUGGACGAAUUGACAGAGGAGUCCAGUCUUCUACAGGGACACAACAGAACCAGGGAUCGAGAGCGAUCUAUUCUCUCCCCCAGAUCUCUCACUCAUGGUCCUCCCCCUCCUAUACCCCCACGCAAACCAUGGGGGACAUUUGGAGAUAGGGAACAAAAAAAAGACAGAGAGAGGGAGAGAGGUGGCAGCCAGCUAGCACAGCUCCAAGAGUGGUGGGCAGGAUGGUCAGAAAAAGAGAGGGACAGGGAAAGGAGUAGUGGAGCCAAAGGAGAUAUAGAGAGAAAAAGAGAGAAGAAACAUAGGAAAGAGAGAGAAAAGGAGAAAAAGAAAAAGAAGAAGAGAAGCAAAAAGCGCAAAAAGAGAGAAGAGCGUGAAAGGGAGAGAGAAAGGGAGAGGAAACGUCGCAAGGUAAAAAAGAAGAAAAAGAAGGAAAUGAAAACAAAAAAGAAGAAGAAAGUGUCAUCCAGCAAGCGGUCAGAGCCAGAGGAGGGUGAUGUUGAGGCAGAGAGAGAAGGAGAUGGGGAUGGAGAUAGAGAAGGAGAGUACUCCUCUUUUUCUGCUCAGUAUCGUGGUGCAUUUGUUGACAAAGGCAAUCUCUCAGCUUGGGAAGGAGAGAGAGAACGGGAGAGGAGAGAAGGAGGUGAGGACAUGGGUGAUGAAAGAGAGGAAGAGAGUGGUGGAGGAAGAGCUAGGGAGAGGAGACCCAAAAGUUCCCAUUCACGAAAUCCGCCAUCCAGUAAACGUUAUCCUAACCUCAACAAACUACCUUCAUCAGUCAAGUUCUGGGUCAGUGGAGGGGAGGCAGGGGCCACAGAGGCUACUGGACCUUCCCCUCCAUCUUCUUUGCAAACUUUUCUUUCCUCGUCUAAAAGAAGAAGGAGUAGUGGGGUAGAGAGAGAGGCAGGAGGGAGAGUAGGAGAGCGAAGGCCACUGCUCCUCCAUUAUGAAAGGGGACGAGUAAACACCAGAGAAGGCCUGUCAUUCCAUGAGUGGGACUCUGAGGAUGAGGAGGAAGAAGAAAAUGAAAGGGAACGAGAAAGGGAGAGAUUAGAGGAGAGAGUCCGACGGACAGGAGGGAGAGGUGCAGUGUCAGAGUCUGAGCGAGACAGAAUAAGGGCGGAUGAAAGUUUUUCUGAUGAAGGCUCCUCAGGGGAGUUUGGCCGUUUUGAAAGAUAUUGGGAAGGAAAUGGAAUGGGUGGAGCUACUGGAAUAGGGGGUGGUGGGUGGUUUUUUGGGACAUACCCUGCCCGAGAAAAAGGUGGAAGUGUCAACAGUCGAGACGACUCCAUUCUGGGUCGAGCUGAGGGAUGGGGUGUAGCAGGUGAUUUUUGGGGUUCAGGUCCAGGUAUUGGAUGGGGGUCUGGAGGAGGAAGUGGGGGGUUGGGGUCACAGUGGCCACCCCCUCCUACUUCUCUCCCGCCCCCGCGUCGGUACUGGUCAGUUGACAAACUACAGAUGAAGGGUGAAAAGCGCAGUCGCAGUGGGUCAAAGAGCAAAGGUCACAGGUCUCGAGAAAGAAUGCAGGACACAGAGUCAUGUACAUGUGCACAGUAUGGACACGGUAGGCCCCACAUACAUCCUAAACGCAGCAGUUCUCAUUCUCACAGUCAGGAAGAUCUGCUUCCCCACUGCCAAAGCUUCAGUGGAAGCUCACGGCCCAAGCCACCUCCUAAACCUGACAAAUCCAAAUCUGGAAGCCAGUCCAACCUAAGCUCCCAGCAAGCCCAGCUUUCAGAACACUUAUCCCAGCCAUCGCAUUCCCCACCCCAGCCCCACCUUCCCUCAUUACAGGUGCCCUCUGCUCCCAACUCCUUACCCAUGCCCAUUCCUCCACCUCCAUCUUCUGCAUCUAUGUCCCCUCCACCUGUGCUCUCCCCUGGGGCUGCAUCAGGCUCUUCUCAGGCAGCCACCGCCAGCGCUAAACUUCAGUACCAGAGACUUCGGUCUGUUCCCCAGCCACGGCAAUUCUAUUCCCCCCACCUGCCACUCAAAGCCAAGAGCCUGUGCUCACGCCGUGGUUCUGCCCAUUUCUCCAGCCUUGAGAGUGAAGUAUGACACGGGGCUUCGCUGCUGCGUGUUUGUGUGAGCUCUACUGUGAAGCGCAGCUGGAGUGUGAUGCACAUACAUGCGCCGCACCAAGACGAGGAAAACGUCCACAAUGGCGACCAGAGCAGCAAAGAAACAGCAGUCAGAGUAGGGGAUGGCUCAAUGAAUUCUGCCUGGGUCACAACGGAUACUCCAGCAGUGCUCCAUCUUCGGUCUGAGCUGAGUAUUAUGAUGUCCUCCAUGCUCCUCUCCUCCAGUGAGAACAGUGGAUAGGAAAUUUCUGGAAUUUUCUGUGAGUAAUGAUGUCAUGUUUACACACACACACUCCCUCGAACAAGGAAAAGGCAUUUUUGCAUCAUCCACAUACAACAUGAGAUUGCAGGCGUCAAUUUCUGCUGUGGCUCAAACUGGCUUUUCAGUUUAUUUACAGAUGACUUGGAAUUAAUCUAUAGUCGAUCUGAAUGCAGUCUUGGAGAGGCUCACAUAAACAGCAUCAACUCACUGACUGAAAAAGUGUCUCCAUGGCAACUUGAUGCACAUAAAAUCUCCUUCUAUGUUUUUUCUUUUUUUUUGUGGCACUUGGAAACAGUGAUGUAUGCCAUGAGUAUUGGUUUGGAUUCCUCUUUCCAGGCCAUGGUGGACAAUUGAAAUUUGACCUCAAAGUAAAUAAGACUAAACUGGGUCACUUUGCCUGUAUUUCUACAGCAAGCUUCAGCCAAUCAGAGUCAUCAUUCAGCAGAGCUUCAGUCCAACCAGAACUUUAAUGCCAUGGUAUCACUUUGACAUUGAACAAAGAUGACGUUCAAUUCUAAAGAGACACAUUUCAAUAGAACAACAAUAAGAACACAAACAAAACAAAAAUGUAGCAAUUUUUCUGUAACAUUAUUUUCCUUACUUCAGGUUUUCUUUAUUUUAUGCUAUUUAUUGCUCUCACUGUGGUUGUAUUUUAACAAAAGGGUAAACUAGCCGUGUCUGAUGUUAAAUAGCGGGAUUAUAGAUGUGAUGACAAUUUUUACAGAGUUAUUUUUUGAUAACAGAGUUAUCAAAUUAUCACAACUAGAUCCACGGUACUGCCCGGUGUGACAGUCCUUUCUUUGCAUAUAAGCAAUACUUGUCUUUCAUCAAACGAUGAUGGGUUGCAAUAUUUAUGAUUGGCACUAGAUGGCUACAUAAUAUUAAAAAACUGUAUUUUAAUGAUUAUGAAUGGUGGACCCUGCCUGGAUAAUGCUUGCUUGUUUCUUUUUUAAAUUUUACAGUACAUUUUAGAUCUCAAACAGACAGCUGCCCCUCUGAGUGUUUAAAAGAUGGCUGUCAUUGUCAUUGGUCGUGUGUUACCAAGUCAAGACUACUUCCAGUGCAUAGUUGCAUGUAAUAAAGCACAAGUUGCUGGCUUUCGUCAGUGCAAAUGUAUGAUAAUGAAGAGUCGAGGACAAACACAGUAAGAAUAUUUUUAGCUGACAGCCUCAGCCAGCCUAAAUAUAGUUUUGGCAAGAUAAUUGAUGUCAAUCAUCAUGUAAAGAGAUUUUUUAAGUACCUAUUUGACGUCAGGCACCGCUCAUUUGCCCGUGUUGUAGUUGAAUGUAGCUUUGACAUGAUUUAGCAAAAAGUAGACAUGCGGUAGAUUUUGUAGCAUUUUGGAUGCAGUUACACAUUACGGGAACUGACACUUUUAAUCUGGGGGGUGUAGAGGGCUUGUACAUGUUGUCACAGAUUACCUGAUUCAACCGCCCUUUAUUUGACUACAUGUGGAAAUAAGUGAUGUUUGUCUCCCUUUCGUAUGUCGUUCCUUUUACAAGACCACCUGGGGAAUCGUCUUUAUCAUUUGCAAUGAAAUUUAGGGCUUUUACACAUUUUGAAAACCCACAUGUUGUCACAUGAGUCGAGAACUAACAAGCUCAGGUAUCGAAUCGCGUGUUGUGUAAACCGAAUCGCACACAGCCGCAAAAUCCCCUCGCUCAGCGUUUCUUGCAAUGCCGGCAAUACGGGUGCGUCAGCUAAAAGUCCACCACGCUCGGCGUAAGAGGCGCGACGGGGGCCAGGGAGAUGGAUGUCGAAUGAUUGAAUUAAUAUAGUGUGCCAUGAGUACACUUGAUCUGUCAUUGACCCUUACUGAGUCUGAAGGCGCUAACACAGAAUUCUGUGACUGCAUGUACAGAACGGACUUAAAAUUCUCAUGUAGCUUUUUUCUUAAGAACAAAAAGAAAUAUUAUCUCUAUAUACUAUGUUUUUGAGAAUGUAUCAUGUUAUACUGUGAAUUGACUUAGAUAUUUUAUUGCACAUUGUAUUCGGUUUUCGUUGCCACCAUUUGGCAUAUCAUUUAUCUAUAGAUAUAAUAUAUAUAUAUGUACAAACAAAUAUAUACAUAUAUAUACAGACAAGUAUAUAUAUAUUUAACAAGUUAAGUUUGAUAUACUUGGAGGAAGUGGUAGAAAUAGUUUUAAAUGUUUUAGCUUUGUAGCAAUUCUAGACUCUGGAGACAUUUUUGAAUUUUGAUUCCUCCUAUAUGACUGUGAAAACAUUAGUGCCUGUGAAGAAAAACAAGAAACAAGUUUAAUAUCUGUUUUCAUCUUUCCAUCCAUCCAUCUACUUAUCUAAUUUAAAACAGAUCUUUUGAAACCAUUACUAUAAGACUACCUAAAUACAUUUUUAAAACAUAUGUUUUUUUUCUGACCAUGUUGUAAUGUUGCUUCAUCUGUCCACCCAUCUCUUAGUGCUGGUCUUUGUCCUAUUCUGUACUUAUUCUUGUUUCCACAGCGCCAUUUAGAUUUGGCAAUUUAAACAAUGUACCUCUGACGUUUUCUUUUUAGAUCUUUUUUAAUCUCUCUGUUUAUCCCUCUGUAUGUUCUCUCAGUUAGCAAAAAACAAAACAAGAAAAAAACAGAGACCAGUAGCUACUGUGUUCCUGCUCCUAUCAAUUGAUUAUUGACGAAAAUGAUCAAUUAAAGUUAUGUUAUUGAUAAAUGACUGAAGAGUUGUACCUGAUGACCAUGACACUGUAGUGAGAGUCUGGGCUGUACUGUACAUAACGUAUUGUUGCUAUGGUGAUCAGCAACAUGAUAAAUACUUUACUAUGUGCAAUAGGUAUAAGGGGCCAUUCACACUGUAGGCAUUCUUGUUUUUUAACAAGCUAAAUGAUGUCCUUAAUUGUUGUGGAUCUUUCCAUAAAUGCGGUGUUUUUUAAAACAGUUCGGCCUUUUUAAGCACAUUUCAUAUGAAAUUUCACAGCAUCUAGCUUUUUAAAAAAUAAGAAUGUGUCUCUCCGUGAAAUGCCCCCUGACAAAGUUUGCAUACCGAGUUGUGUUGAAGGUAUAUAAGGCAAUAGAUACAGUGUCACCCCCAUUGCCAAACAGACACUCAUCGAAGGCUACAACCCUCCCCUUUGUUUUGACUGUAACACGUAAUCUGAUAGCAUAAUGCACACAUUGUGAAAUAGACACAGUGCUAAGUUGAAUAAUGUUGGUAAAAUUGUGAGUGGUUAAUAUUUGGCUGGGAAAUUAAAAUGCUAUAUUGUUUUAAGGGCUGGUCAGCUGGUGCUUCACAUCCUGUUUAAAUGUUGGUUUAUCUAUACAUGAAAAGAUCAGAUGCAAAACCCGCUAAGUGCUCGUUUUUUUCAGAAUUGUAAUGGAUUCUGCCUAAAAACAUGUAUUACUGAAUGAUGGUGGGAUUAAGCAGAUUUAAAGUAACAUAUAGUACGUGUAGAGAGCAUUUUGUUAUCUAAGUUUUGACUGUGGUGGCAUUUAGUGGCUUUUGCAUCUGGACUCGUUACCUUUUCUAGACUAAUGCAACCACAAAGCAUUGAUGUAUUAUAAUCCCUAUGUGUGUGUGUACCUCAUUUGUUAUUGGUACAGAUUCUCUGUCAUUCAUUUCACAUUUGGAUAAUCACUGAUUAAAUGAACUUAGAGGCUAUAUAGCACUUAAUCAAUGAAAGAAAAAGGUGACUAUAUGGCGUAUGUGCUGCAUUACGUCCUGCAGUCCUGUUGUAGGUGUUUAUUUAUGUAAGAGAGAUUGUACACUUAUGCUUGAGUUCAUUUGUUUGCCGCUAGCCGAGAUGAAAUAAGUGAUUUGACCCCUAAACCGAGGCUGCCUGUACUUUCAUAGUAUUUACUUAAUACAAUAAUAUAUUUACUUCCUGACUGUUCAUGAUUUUCUGUAGGUAUGCAAGUAUGUAAUACAUUUCCAAACAUUAUCUUGGCAUUUCCCUAUGACCCAUAUGACCACCUUUGCAAAACAGGUUCAAUUUAAUCACAUUGAACAACUCUCUAGGCAUUUCUGUUCGUACCCUUAAGCUGUGUAGCUCACAGUUUACUGUAAAAUUUGAUGGCUCCUCGGCUCCAAUGGCAUUAUGGGAUAGAAAGGUGUAUUGUUGUGCAUUGGCUAAAUCAUGAAUAUGGAGUGCAUCCUGUUUUUGCAUAGAGUGUAGCACUUUGCCUGGAUCUCUGUUUAUCUUUUUUUUCAGUGCUUAUCUCUCACUUAUUAGGCUGUUAUACUGCAUUCACUCAGGGUAGUUGGACACACACGCACACACACACACACACACACACACUGCAGGGCUGGUCACUGCUAUUGGAUGCAGGUCUUCUAGAACUCUCUCUCUCUCUCUUUCUUUCUUUCUCUCUCUUUCUCCCUCCCUUAGGAGCUUAGACUCAGAGUUGCUUCAGGUAUGCACCGUGAUGUGAGGCAUUACUUGACAGACAGCUCGAUGGAUAAAAGUGCAGCUCUCCUCACUUGAUCACCUCCGAUCAGUGAUGUGUGUGUGCAUGUGUGUGCGUGUGUGUGUAAAAGCAGGUCAGCUCCUGUGGUAGACCACCAUAUUCUUUACUUAGCUUACCCUUAUUUCUCAAGCUGAUGUCAAAGACCAACAAUAAUGUUUGAGAUAUAUGUGUGGUCAUCAUCUGCUUAAUAGCAUGUACUACAGUACUCAGUGACUGCUGUCAUACUCACAAACAGGGUCCUCCAUGUAAUGUUACAUACAUGUAUCCCAUCUCAUUGUUUAAAAAUGCAAAUUGAAAAGAUACAUUUUAGUUCAUUUAUAUUCUUAAUGUUUGGAAAAAAUAUAUUUUUUAAUUUGUAACACUGUUAAAUGGCUUUAUUUCAUGUGACAUUGUGUUAGUUGCACUGUAACUUUGGCCAAUGCAGGUGUGCACUGUAUGUGUGUGACAGAUCUGGAUUGUUGAGAAUGAUUAUGGCUUUGUACUUCCCAGUCCAGACUGGAUCCUUCAACCGUUCAGAGUUUGUGGUAAUGACAUCAUGGAAAAUGGUUUGAAUGGGUCAGUGCUAAGAAUUGCUUUAUAAAGAACUCACUCUUUAAAAAAUGUACCGCCUGCUGGACCUUGCUUAUUUAUACAUGUAUCUGCAUGGCAAUACUUGUUUAUGUGCUGUUUGCUUUUCGCACAUCUGCUUUUCUUUGUAGACUUCCGUGUUCACCUCCCUCUCUCUCUCUCUCUCUUUUCUUUUCAGCAAUGUGUUUGGAGCUUUGAUGUUUUUGAAGACCAGAUCUGACCUUAUGUAAGAUACCAUCUCCGUACAAGAAUGCAUAUUUCUGGCCCAUUUUUCUCACCGAAGCUACGAUAUCUGAAGUAAAACUGACACACACACAAAUGUGAAAACAACUCAAGUUCUUUUUUGUGUGAUUUACUGUUUUCUACAUAAAAUAACCCUAUAUAAUGUA